CUGUUUUUUUUUUUCUUUUUUUUUUUUUUUUGUUUUUUUUUUCCAACCUCAAAGGCUGCGAAAUCUCAAAGAGUUAGAAAACCUCGUGACUCUGUGUCCCUCACGCACCUAACCUCCAAAGUUUCUGCCUUUAUAUAUAAGGCUCGGUUUUUCUGGUGUUUAUAAAGUUUAGGGUUUCGUUUCAAAUAUUGCUCCGACUGUGAAGGAACGGUUUAUAAAUCGGUGCGGUACAUUGAAGGAAAAAGGGUUUUUUUUUUUUAAUAUUUUAUUUUAUUUAUUAUUGUUAAGUAAUUUAAUCAUAUAGAUGUACUGGGAGUUAUGAAAUUUUCUUAUGUAUAUAGUGGUAAAAAUAGUGGUCUUUGCAAAAGGACUGAGUUGAAAGUGUUUUGUUUAAGAGGGUAAAAUGCCAUCUACUAAUUUUUCGAGACUAAUAACUGCAAUCCAGAGGUCGAUUGUAGGGCAAGAAGCUAGGUUACAGGACCCGUUCGAUGUGGUAAUCGGGCAAGGGAAAUCGUUGUUUGGCAGUUCUAGGUUGUUCAGUACUUUAUCAUCUUCGACUCAUACAGACCUGCACGUUUUGUUAAGACCUGGAACUGUCUAUGCUGCAAGAUCGGAGUUAGUUAGCCGAAAAAGGAAUAUCUCUGUUGUUGGAGCACUUUCGCGGAUGCUGUCUAUUCCAUCUGUGUCUGGGCCUUCCUUUCAGGUCUGUGCGUAUCACAUUGAUUGCGCGCUUGCUGAACCUGUGCACUUGAAUAAAGCUAUGGCUGCUUGUGGUUCCAGAGCUGUUUUGGGAGAAUGUUCCUUAGAUAAUUUGGCUUCAAGGCAUAAGCCACUUUCAUUAACAACAGAUAGUUCCAGUAUCAUUUACAGCAAUAGAGGUUCCGAGAGCUGCAGAAAAGCUAGUAUGAGUCUGAAAAAACGUGAGCAACCCAACAAUAAUGUGAUUUAUGGAUACUUCAUAUGUAAUGCUGUGAAGAGGUGGUGCAUUUCUCACCCAUACACGGGGUCAGGACCAAGAGAUUUUCAUAGCACAUCAUCCACAUGUUUCUCUGCUGGGACUGCCCCUGAUGUGUCCUUUGAUAAUUCUGCUCGUGAGGAACAGCUUGCAAAUUCUACAGAUUCAUCUGAACAGAAGAACUCAGCAGGCAAAACCCUGAAACUGCUUUCAGGAUCAUGCUAUCUGCCUCAUCCUGAUAAAGAAGACACUGGUGGGGAGGAUGCGCACUUUAUAUGUGUUGAUGAACAAGCAAUUGGGGUGGCAGAUGGUGUUGGUGGCUGGGCAGAUCUGGGUGUUGAUGCUGGACAAUAUUCCCGGGAACUUAUGUCCCAUUCAGUAAAUGCUGUUAAAGAGGAGCCCAAGGGUUCAAUUGAUCCUGCUAGGGUCCUGGAGAAAGCUCACUCAAUCACAAAAGCUAAAGGUUCCUCAACAGCAUGCAUCAUAGCACUCACAGAAGAGGGUGUUAAUGCAAUUAAUUUAGGGGACAGUGGCUUUAUGGUGGUCCGGGAUGGGUGCACCGUUUUUCGAUCUCCUGUGCAACAGCAUGAUUUUAAUUUCACCUAUCAACUGGAAAGUGGAAAUAAUGGUGAUUUACCUAGCUCUGGUCAGGUUUUUACAAUUGCUGUUGCUCCGGGAGAUGUUAUAAUUGCUGGCACUGAUGGACUGUUUGACAACUUGUACAACACUGAGAUUACUGCAAUAGUUGUUCAUGCCAUGAGAGCUGGCCUAGGGCCUCAGGUGACAGCUCAGAAGAUAGCGGCACUGGCACGCCAACGAGCACAGGACAGAGACCGGCAGACACCUUUUUCCACUGCUGCUCAAGAUGCUGGGUUCCGCUAUUAUGGUGGCAAGCUUGAUGACAUCACUGUUGUCGUUUCAUAUAUCAAGAGUGAUGGUGAUGAAUGAGUCACUCUCGUGUAUAUAGUUUUCUCUAUUUCAAUUUUAUUGCGCUUCAAGUCAGGCUUUUUGUAGAAUCAAACUCUUCUCUUUGCCAUUAUACGGGUGUAUUAUGCCCUUCAUUAAUGUAAAAACAAAAUAGCAUUUCUUGGUUUGAGCUCUUAAUCAAUUCUCUCCAUUGCGUUGCUGCCACUGUA